GUGUACAAUCAUCAACAUGAAAUCUUUCAUUGUCGUCCUCGCUUUUGUGGCCGUUGCCUGUGCAGUCAAAUCCGACGAAGAAGCCAAAAUCAUCACCCAGAAUUACGAAAUCAAUGCCGAUGGAUCCUACAAAUAUGAUUACGAAACUGGAAACGGAAUCUCUGCACAGGAAAGCGGUGUGUUGAAAAACGCAGGAAACAAGGAUACGGAAGCUUUCGAAGUUAAGGGCUCUUACCAAUACACUGCCACUGAUGGUAAACCAAUCAAAAUCGAGUAUGUAGCCAACGAAUUGGGAUACCAACCAAAGGGUGACCAUUUGCCAACUCCACCACCUGUACCAGCCGCAAUCCUCAAGGCUUUGGAAUACAUUCGUGCCCAUCCACAACCGGAAGAAAAGAAAUUCUAA